CAAAAACCAAAAAGAAAAGCUGGGAGAAGCAUAUAUGAGGCAGAGAUAGUUGGCAAGGAAGAAAAGAGAUCCACCUGAAUUGUAAAACAACAAAGAGGAACGCUGAAGAUCCCUUCAUGAGAACUGAAUUCCUGGCCUAAGAGAUUUCAUCACUACUAUGGCUGACUUGUUUCUGAGGAAAAGAAACUUUAUCAUAGUUGUCAUUGUUUUGACAACACUGAUUCAGGUAUUGGUCGGAAAUAAAACUACUAUGAGAGCAAAAUCCUUGAGAAGAGCAAAGAGAGGAUGGGUUUGGAAUCAGUUUUUUGUUCUUGAGGAAUAUACAGAACAAAAACCCCUUUACAUCGGAAAGCUUCACUCAGACAUGGACAAAGGUGAUGGCUCCAUCAAAUAUAUUUUAUCAGGGGAAGGUGCAGGCACUACUUUUACCCUUGAUGACAGCACUGGUGACAUCCAUGCCAUCCAGAGGCUGGACCGGGAGGUGAAGGCCCAGUAUGUGCUCCGAGCCCAGGCUAGACAACGUGAGACAGGCCACCCGCUGGAGCCAGAGUCAGAGUUUAUUGUAAAGAUUCAGGACAUCAAUGACAAUGAGCCUAAGUUCCUGGAUGGACCAUACUUUGCAACUAUACCUGAGAUGUCUCCCAUUGGCACGUUUGUAAUUCAGGUGACAGCAACGGAUGCAGAUGACCCAUCAUAUGGUAACAGCGCUCGGGUAGUCUACAGUAUUCUGGAGGGUCAGCCUUAUUUCUCUGUAGAUCCUAAGACAGGUGAGGUGCAUGUGUCCUUGGCAGACAUGGAUCGGGAGGUUAAAGAGCAGUACCAUUUGGUUAUUCAGGCUAAAGAUAUGGGAGGACAGCUCGGGGGUCUGGCUGGCACCACUACAGUUAACAUCACACUCAGCGACGUCAAUGACAACCCACCCAAAUUCACCAAGAAGUUGUAUCAGAUGAGUGUUCUGGAAUCGGGCCCAGUGAGUUCAGUAGUGGAUCGAAUUGAAGCCAAAGAUCGUGAUCUGGGCAUUAAUGCUGAAAUGAGAUAUAGCAUCAUUGACGGUGAUGGACGAGACACCUUUGACAUCAGCACUGAUGCCAGCAACCUGUAUGGUGUCAUCACUAUUAAAAAGCAUCUGGAUUUUGAAAGAAAGCGCAGCUACACUCUAAAAGUGGAAGGCUCAAAUGCUCACAUUGACCCCCGCUUCAUUAACAAAGGAUUAUUCAGUGAUGUGACAAUUGUCCAUGUGAGUGUAGAAGAUGUGGAUGAGCCUCCGGAGUUUGAAUAUCCAUUCUACUAUGUGGAGGUGCCCGAGGAUGCGGAAAUAGGCACCAUCUUAACAAUGAUAUCUGCUAGAGACCCUGAUGUUGCAAACAGCUCAGUAAGGUACUCUAUAGAGCGUAUGAGUGACCCUGACAAGUAUUUCUACAUGGACAUCACCAGUGGUUCUCUGAUAACAGUACUGCCUUUGGACAGAGAGGAAGUCACUUGGCACAAUCUCACAGUUUUAGCCAUGGAGAUGAAUAAUCCAUUGAUGAUUGGAAGCGUGUCUGUCGCCAUAAAGGUCCUAGACGUAAAUGAUAAUCCACCAUCACUAACGCAGUACUAUGAGGCUUUUGUAUGUGAAAAUGCACAGGCAGGACAACUGAUCCAAACUGUGACAGCUAUAGAUCCAGAUGAACCAACUGGGGGACAGCAUUUCUACUACAGUCUAGCACCUGAAGCAGCAAAUAAUCCCAACUUCACACUCAGGGAUAAUCAAGAUAACUCAGCAUGGAUAUUAACCCGUCGUGGGGGAUGGUCAUCUCAGACCCAGAAUAUCUAUUAUCUACCCAUCUUUGUAUCAGAUGGAGAACAACCUGUACACUCCAGCACUAGCACUCUCACAAUCCGUGUGUGUAGCUGUGAUGUGGAUGGUAAUGUGUUAACCUGUCUCGCUGAGGCCUCUAUUCUUCCAGUCAAUCUAAGCAGAGGAGGCCUCAUAGCUAUCCUCACCUGUAUCUUCAUCCUGUUUGUGAUGCUCAUGCUCAUGCUGACCCUGCAGAGACACAGGAAGAAGCCUUACUUGACCAACGAGGAGGAAAAUGUGCACGAGAACAUAGUAUGUUACGAUGACGAGGGUGGCGGAGAAGAGGACACAGAAGCUUUCGACAUCGCUGCACUCUGGAACCCUCACGCGGAACCCGUGCGCUAUGCUAAACUACGUCAGGACAUGUUGCCUGAGAUUCAGAGCCUGUCGCGCUAUGUUUCUCAGACCUGUGUUGGGGGUGUAAGUGAAGAUGGUAGUAACGUGUACAGCUACAUGCUAACGAAGCUUUAUGAAGCCGAUUUGGACCCCAGCGCGCCACCGUACGAUUCCCUUCAGACGUAUGCAUAUGAAGGCGAGGGCUCUGUGGCGGAGUCACUCAGUUCUCUGCAAUCUCCUGCUUCACAUUCUGAUCAUGAUUAUGAUUAUCUGAACGACUGGGGGCCACGCUUUCACAAACUAGCGGAAAUGUAUGGUGUGAUUGAGAGCAAGAGCAAUAUAUGGUAGAGAUGUCAUGCUUACAUAAAAAGAGGCGUGUUGUCAUUUGGAAAUACAGCAAUUAAAACCAGGGAAAAGUGAGAUCAAGAGAAGAGAAGAGAAUGGACAGAAGGAUGAGAUGGGAAAGUAUGUCAGGAAAGCUGAUCUACAGACUGCUGUGUAUUUUAACAAAGAUGAUUGAGGGGUAAAUCAGAAACAGAAUAAAAACAGGGAGAAAAGGGGCGGAAGGAGAUGCUGACCAGUUGGGUAGACAAAGGAUAUUUAAAAAAUGAGUGCCACGCAUCAUAAUGACCUCUAAUAUCCACUGCUGCUCAAAAUAUGUCCAGACCAAGACACUGGCAGUUCUGACAUUGGACCACUCAAACUGGAAGAAAGAUGCUUCAAGUAAUCAUCAGACAUAUGAUGAGGCAGGAUUUAAUUUAGCCCUUAUUCUAGUCAUUAAGAUGAGUGACAGAUCAGAUUCAUUUAGAUUUGUUAGGAAAUUAUGCUGGAUCGAGGCACACUUGCGCAUCUCAUCACCGGUGCCAAGGCUAGUUCCUGCUGCAAGAGGGUAUGUAUCCACAGUCCUUGCUCUGUCAUCUGUUGUCUGCUAAAUUGACAGGAGCAAGACAAACCCCAGACUGUUGAUUCUAUAGACAUUGUUUUUGAUUGGAGAAUAGACAUGCUUUCUAUCAUGUUCCAUAUGUGAGUUUGCAGUCAGCACAAAAUAUUGCGUUCUAUUGAAUGGGAUUUAAAACCGUCAUUUCAGCCUUUUGGGCAUCUUUAUUUAUAUUGCUUUUGUGCAGAUAUUUAUUGUUUUAAUAUAAAUUAUUUUUGAAGUAUGUUCAAGAUGCUGAGAUUAUUACAGACUAGACAUCAUAAAAAGCUGAUAAAUUCAUGCAUAAUAGAGAUCCUCUACAGAUUCAGUGAUUGAUAUUCAAUGUAUUGAUUUGUUUUAUAUUAUAGGAAAAUUGUUAAAUUUGACAGUUUGUUUGGCUGUGAUCAUGCAUUUUCAGCAAAGCAGCUGAGAAGAAUAUCACCAGAGGAGUCUGUAAAACUACACAUCCAUUACUCACUGAGCUUAUAUAAAAAAAAUUUUUAAGUUAAAAUUCUUUUCCAUGGUACCAACAUUAAGUGCCAAAAUACAAAAGAAAAUUAUUCUCCAGAACAAUGCCAAAAAGUUGUCCACUGGGUAAUGAUGGAAGUCUACUUGAAAUAAUGUAUAUUGUAUCAGUAACACCAAGUGAGAA